CGGUCCGCUAUAAUAAUUAAAAUGUGGGUAAACGAGCGGUUUAGUAAUGCCAUCUGUUGUUUGUUAGUGUUAUGCGGAAUUGAUUAGUGGAAUUAUUUUAGUUUUGGUAUGUGCGAGGUUGGAUAAAAAUUCCCCUUUGCCGUGUGUGUUAGGGGUGCAUGUUGUGUUGGAUCGAUUUUGAAAAUUGUGUAUUUUGAUGUAAAAGUGUGGCAUUGGUUUUCGUUGGUCGGUCAGGGCGCGGUUUGUAAGGCGCAGGAACUGUGGUGUCCUAGAAAGGAGUAACCCCUGUUUCCUCCAGAUCCCCUCCAGGAUCAGGAUGUUGAUCUCGCGUGUGAUGCAAACGGUACAGUAUGAGUGAUAACGCACAAUCGCGAUGUAACAACAAAUCUUCCACCAAUGUUCUCAAAGUGUUGCUGGUGUAGGAGUAAAUCGAGCAACGAUCCAAUGCCAACCGAUGUUGAUAAAAGUGAUAAAGCGACCAAAGCCGCGAACGAACUCCCGAUUCUCGAUAAUGUGAUAAGCAAUGAAAUAAAACGAAAUUCGAACGGUUCGGAUAACGAUGAUGAGGUGUUUUGUGAGGGUGUAGGGCCGACGGCCAAACUGGCCGAGAAUUUAGGGACGUGCAAAGGGCACACGCCGCUCCCUAGAUGGUUUAGGGAGUCGUCAGAGGGUGAAACUGUUGAUUCUGAAGCGCCGGCGACGCCUCCUGCGACUCCCGUAGGCAAGGACGAGCUUGCCCUUAGACGGCAUAGACUCUUCUCAGAAAUUAUAGAUCUCACACAACAUGCGGCCGAACAUAAGGUCAAAUUCGACCCUUUUGGGCCCGUUGUUGCCGGAGGAUCCGACGAGAAUUGCCUCCGAACUGACUUGGAAGACCUCAUCGUAAGAUUGGAAACUGUGACAACUCGUCUAGAAAAAAUCAGCCUUCCGAUAGAACAAUUGCUUAAUCUUAAACAAAUCCCAACACCAGAAGAACCAAACAUGAGUGUGCAAGGCUUCAGCGAUAUUAUUCAGGGACCACUAACACAAUACCUCCAGAUCUCGCAACAAAUCGGUGGCGAUGUCGGCCAACACAGCCAACUCGUCCACAAUGCCUUUCAAAUGCAAUUGCAAUACUUAGUUCUUGCUAGUCAAAGCAAACAGCCGAAUCAGAACGAAAUCAUCGGUCUCCUCAAGCCAACCAGUGAUCAAAUCAGUGCAAUACAAGACUUCCGCGAGAAGCACCGCACUUCGCAAUUUUUCAACCAUUUAUCAGCCAUCAGUGAGAGCAUACCGGCCCUCGGAUGGGUGACAGUGAGCCCCGCGCCGGCCCCUUACGUCAAGGAAAUGAACGACGCCGGCCAAUUCUACACAAACCGAGUCCUCAAGGACUGGAAGGAAAAAGACAAGAGACACGUCGAUUGGGUCAAAGCCUGGAUUCAAACCUUGAUGGAUCUCCAAGGCUUCGUCAAGCAACACCACACGACUGGGUUGGUCUGGGCCGGGAAAGGGUCAGCAGCGCCGCCGCCGCCACCCCCGGGGUGUCCCCCACCGCCGCCGGUGUUGGAUUUCGCCGCUGCUGAAGCCGCAGGGGGCGAUGCUGAUCGCUCGGCGCUUUUUGCUCAAAUCAACCAAGGGGAAAAUAUCACCAAAAGUUUGAAAAAGGUCACGUCCGAUAUGCAGACCCACAAGAACCCGACUUUGCGAGAAGGACCGGCGCCGUUUAAGACUCCGGCGAGGGCCCCAGGGGCGCCGGCCCCGAUUGUGGACAAACCGCCGAGUUUUGUGAAAGAAGGCAAGAAAUGGUUGAUUGAGUACCAGAAAGGCAACCAUAAUCUGGUUGUGGACAACGUGGAGAUGAACAACGUUGUUUAUUUGUUUAAAUGUACAGAUUCAACAGUGGUUGUUAAGGGGAAAUUGAAUUCGAUCACGUUAGAUUCCUGUAAGAAAACUUCCAUUGUUUUUGAUAGUCUUGUCUCAGCGAUGGAAUUUAUCAACUGUCAAUCAGUCCAAAUGCAGGUACUUGGGAAGGUUCCAACAAUAUCAAUAGAUAAAACAGAUGGGUGCCAAAUGUACUUGAGUCCUGAGUCGUUAGAUGUCGAAAUCGUCAGUUCUAAGUCGUCAGAAAUGAAUGUUCUUGUCCCGAAAGGAAACGGCGAUUAUACUGAACAUCCCAUUCCUGAACAAUACAAGACUACAGUUGUCCCAGGAAAAGGCCUCUCUACAAUAAUUGUGGAAAACAAAGGCUAAAUUACUUUAUCAACUUAGAUUAUAAUUAAUUUUUCACUUUUAAGCAAUUUUAUACAUAAAUUUGUAAAUUCGUACUUCCCUUAUCUACUGCUAUUGUCAUAAAAGCAAUAUUUAAGUAUCGGUUGUGGAUUUAUAUCAGCGAUUUUAUAGAAACGAGUGUUUUAUUCAAUAACUGAGUUUUAUUUAACAUUAAAUUAUGUCUUUGCCUUUUUAAAAUAAACAGCUUUCUAGUAA